AUGGCAGCCGUUGAAUCAAACCCAAAGAUCUCUCUGCAUGCACGCUCUAAUAGCUUUCCCACCGCACCUCAUCCCCAUGUAUCACGAUUUCAGGAGCACCUGAACAGAUUAAAGUCUUCUGAAUCUGCUGCUACUUCAUCAUCUUUAACCCACAAACUUAGUGGCUUGCAGGAUUUACAGGACUCUUCUGACAAGUUGCUUCAAUUGUCAACCACCCGACAAGUCUUAGCACAAGAUUGCAGCCAAAAAUGGGUUGAUGAACUACUAGAUGGGUCUCUAAGGCUCUUGGAUAUCUGUAGUACUGCUAAAGAUUGUCUUGUAAUGUCAAAGGAAUCCGUGUACGAAGUUCAGUCAGCCACGAGAAGAAGAGGAGCAGAAGCUGCAUUCACAGUUGGGGCUGGAAAUUAUUUGGCUUCCAGGAAGAAUGUGAAGAGAGCAAUUAGAAAUGCCUUAGGAAAUAUCAAAGGAAUAACAAAUGGCCUCACAGUUUCUUCUGAAGCCAAAGAAAAUGACACGCUUAGCAUGUUGAAACAAGCGGAAGCAGUCACCGUGAGCACAUUAGAAUCUCUAUUGUACUUCAUCUCGGAUCCAAAGGGACAAUCAAAGCAAAGCAGAUGGUCUGCAAUUUCCAAGUUGACAAAGCCAAAAAAAAGUAGCUUGUGA